GGGACUGAGACCGCGCUUACGGCUGGCCCCCGUCCCGCCCUUCGCUCCGUUCCCACCGGGCACCAUGGCCUCCUCCGAAGUGUCGCGGCACCUGCUCUUUCCAUCCCAUGGGGCCAUGAAAACACCUUGUAUGCCCUCACAAAUGGAUGAUGAACAGAUCCAAACAAAAGACAACAUUCGUUCCUUAACUAUGUCUGGCCAUGUUGGCUUUGAAAGUCUGCCUGAUCAGCUGGUCAACAGAUCCAUUCAGCAAGGCUUCUGUUUUAAUAUCCUCUGUGUGGGGGAAACUGGAAUUGGAAAAUCUACACUGAUUGACACAUUAUUUAAUACCAAUUUUGAAGACCAGGAAUCCUCACAUUUUUAUCCGAAUGUUAGACUCAAGGCUCAAACAUAUGAACUCCAGGAAAGUAAUGUUCAAUUGAAGUUGACCAUCGUGAAUACAGUGGGAUUUGGUGACCAAAUAAAUAAAGAGGAGAGCUAUCAACCAAUAGUCAACUACAUAGAUGCUCAGUUUGAGGCCUAUCUCCAAGAGGAGCUGAAGAUUAAGCGUAGUCUCUUUAACUACCAUGACUCUCGCAUCCACGUGUGCCUUUACUUCAUCUCACCAACUGGCCACUCGCUGAAGACACUCGACCUCUUAACCAUGAAGAUCCUUGACAGUAAGGUGAACAUUAUACCGGUGAUUGCCAAAGCAGAUGCGAUUUCUAAAAGUGAAUUACAGAAGUUUAAGAUCAAGCUUAUGAGUGAACUGGUUAGCAAUGGCGUCCAGAUAUACCAGUUCCCGACAGACGAUGAAACUAUUGCUAAAAUCAAUUCUUCAAUGAAUGCACAUUUGCCAUUUGCUGUUGUGGGAAGCAUGGAUGAGGUCAAAGUCGGCAAUAAGAUGGUCAAAGCUCGUCAGUACCCAUGGGGCGUUGUACAAGUGGAAAAUGAGAACCACUGUGACUUUAUAAAGCUCCGGGAGAUGCUCAUUUGUACAAACAUGGAAGAUCUGCGAGAACAGACACACACCCGGCACUAUGAACUUUACAGACGUUUCAAACUGGAGGAACUGGGCUUUAAAGACAUGGGCACCGAGAACAAGCCUGCCAGUGUUCAGGAGGCCUAUGAAGCCAAAAGACACGAAUUCUAUGGCGAACGUCAGAAGAAAGAAGAUGAGAUGAAGCAGAUGUUCGUGCAGCGAGUGAAGGAGAAAGAAGUCAUACUGAAAGAAGCGGAGAAAGAGCUUCAGGCCAAAUUUGAACACCUCAAAAGAAUUCACCAAGAAGAGAGAAUGAAACUUGAGGAAAAGAGAAAACUUUUGGAAGAAGAAAUAACUGCUUUUGCCAAAAAGAAAGCUACCUCAGAAAUCUACCAGAACCAGUCUUUUCUUGCCAGUGGCACCAGGAAAGACAAGGACAGGAAAAACUCCAAUUUUAUAUAAGACAGCAUUCUAGGAACUGCAUAACAGAAGAUCGUUAAAAGUAAAUGUUAUUGAAGAAGCUAGAAGUAUGCUUUGGUUUUCUUUGCUGUGUUACGUACUGGUUCUCCCUCUGGUGAAUAGACAUGAUAAUUGCCGUGUAUCAAAUAUUUUCAAAUACAAGGUCAAUACAUACGCCAGGGUGGAUGGUAAUACUUGGAUAGGGUCAGUGUUUUUAGACAUCUGUAAGUUGCAGGUUAGAGAUGGUUUCCCCCGUUGCCAACUUAAAGUAACGUUGCAGUGCACGAGACCAAAGAGACGAGCUUCAGUGCCCUUCGAAACUCGGACCUGCCUGUUACGGCGUCUGUCUCCCCAGACCACCUUUUCUUUUUGUCCUUGUACGUGUUAAACAGCCAACUUUGGCUAUAGGUUUUAAAUUAUGUCAUAUGCCAAAACUGUCUUAACUUUUGAAUAUUUUUAGUCACUCUUAUCUUUUGCUAUGAUCUAGUUGAUAAUACCCUAAGCUUUUAUAUCAAAUUAUAUAGCAUGAUGACCUUCCAGGCUUUAGUGUGACUAUGUUUAAAAGUAAAAUCAUCCAGGUAUAAUAACUUUUUUUCUAUUUCAAAUACCUUUUGAAACUGGGUGUGUCACAUGAGUUACCUUAGGAUGUAUUUUGUAGUUACUGUUUAAAACUUCUGAAACAAAACACAAAGCAAAAAAAGUCUGUUCUAGGAAAAAUAACAAGGUGGAAUCAUUCUAUUAAAGACUUAAAAAAAAGUGAUUAUGAACCCCUAAAUAGUCUGUUUAAAAACCCAGGUAAUUCAAAUCUCGAGAUAUUUCAAUUCAGAGUGCCUUAGUAUUCUCAGACCAAGUGAAUGGUUUCUAACCUUUUUAAAUACAGUCUCCCUCUCUCUCUCUCUCUCUAUAUAUAUAUAUAUACAUAUACAUGUACACACAUAUAGAUACGCAUGCACAUAUAUAUACUUAACAAUUAUAUCAUUUCUCAUUUUUUUGUACUUGAAUACUUUUAAAUAAAACUGACAUUUUACUCCUGAAAAAUAAAAUUUGCUCUAUAUUGAUCGAAA